CAAUUUUCCAAUUUAGAUCCCUUUUACGAUUGAAUUUGUAACCUGACAUGUCUAAAUUUUAUUUCUUCCUGGUUUCCUGUUAUUGGAUAUUCGAUUUGGUAUCACCAAUACCUACGUCUAACAGCACAAAUGUGACUAAAGUUAGUAGUCCCACUACAACUGGAAAUCCCGUGAUAACAAAGACAAUUGAAAACGCCAAUGACUCUAUAAAUGAAAUAGAUGAUAUACCAGACGAAGGAUGGGAGUAUGAAAAUACAACUGUUGUAGACACGCGAAGAAUCUUGUACAGCAAACGAGUUCCAAUCGGAAAAAGACCUUAUAUGAUUUAUUUGCAACUAACAAAAGAAUCAGCAAAAGCACACAAGUACAAAGGCUGGUUGUGUGGCGGUGUGAUACUGUCUAACUACUACGUAUUGACCUCUGCGGCCUGUGUGGAAGAUGCUGAACAUUUUUACAUCGUGUCGGGUACUACAAAAUUCGUAGAUAGCUUCGAUUAUAAAUCCGACAACUGUGUCUGUAAGCAUCGUCGUAAAGUCGUAUGGAAGUGCAUACCUAAAAACUACAAAUUCGACUUCCAAGACAGUAUUAAGUGGUCAUCUAAUGAUAUCGCAAUAGUGAAAGUUAAUAAGCCCUUCAAGUUCGGUGUGGUGGAGACGGGUUGCGAAUUCGCUACCGACCUUGUCUGUUACAACAACGUCAGCAGGGAACUGGAGAAGGCCGGAACUAAAGGAUACAUCGCCGGUUGGGGCAGCGGCAAUACUUUUAGAGAGGGAGUCUACCGUCGUCAAUCAGUGCACAUACCAGAGAACGCGAAAUACUUGCAAGAGGCCAAAGUAUGUGUAAUGGACAACGAGCAAUGCGCCAAGAAGUGGGCACAGAAAUUCCGCACCAUCAUCAACCAGUACAUGGUCUGCACCAAAGAUGUGAUGAGACGCAUCAGCGCGGUAUGCGAUAAAAAAUAUGCAAACUGCACAGACAUGGAGAACAGACGAAAUGUAGAUGUAGAUGAUGUAGCUAACAGUGAUAACUUCGCUAUCGACCUCGGCAGACAUCUGCGCGACCCCGACGACUAUACCGCUAGGAGGACCAGCUUGGGAGGAUUCUGUGAGAACGACCACGGGGGUCCAUUCAUAGUGAAGUAUAAAGGCAAGGAGCGUGUCAUCGGUGUGAUAUCUGCCUGCAAGAUAGACCCCAAGUCGCACAGCUGCCAUGGACCCUUCCUUUACACCUCCGUCUUCAAAAACAGGCAGUUCAUAUCGUGCGCCAUCACCAAGGAUAUAGAAGAAAAUUGUCGUCGUGUUUUCCGCUCAGGUAUUACUCACGAAGAAUGGUCGGUCAACUGGGAUAAUGUGGAUGAGGAUGACAACAGAGACGAAAGCGGAGAGGAUGAAUCAGAAGGAAGUAAACCUAAAGUCGUUAAUCGUAAAGACAAAAAAUUAAGCUCCGAUGAAUCCAGUGAUAGUGACGAUAGCAAAGAAUCAAGACAACAAAAGAAUAUAAGAGAAAGAAGCAAGAAGGAUGAGAAAGCGACGGAGCAGAAGAAAGAGACUAAGAAUAAGCAUACAAGCAAACACCCGAAAAAGACAAAGGAAGAAAGAAGAAAGUCAAAACAUAGCAAAUCUAGUAACAGACAGAAUAAAGACGAUACAUUCUAUGAAUCCAGUCGUGAUGAUAAUGUCAAUGAUCCUGAAGAUCUUUGAAAGAAAUAAA